AAUACUUGUUGCCUCAAACGGGUUAUUCCAGAUUGAUUCAGGAUUAGUGACUGAGAGAAUUCAUCAUUAAAGAAGCUAAAAGAAUCUUCCCGGCAAUUUUCUUUAUUAUUAUGAAAAAUACGAUAAUUAUCAUUUUAACAAUUAUAUUCAGUUUGAUGAAACAUGGAUAUACACAAUGUGGUAUAGAAACAUUUCAAUGUAAAAAUGGAGACUGCAUAAAGAGUGAAUUAUUAUGUGAUGGGCAGGCAGAUUGUAAAGAUAGCUCUGAUGAAACAGUUGUAGAGUGUACUAAAGCUGAAAUCAUAUGUCCAAAUUAUGCAUUUCGAUGUUCUUAUGGUGCAUGUGUAGAUGGAGAUGUAACUUGCAAUGGAAUACAGGACUGUAUUGACAAUAGUGAUGAAACAUUGUCUAGAUGUACAGGCAUUUCAUCCAAUAUGUCUUCAUCUGUAUCGUGUAGAAAAGAUCAAUUCACAUGCGCUAAUGGACAUUGCAUUGAUAAAAGUAGUUUAUGCGAUGGUAAAGCAGACUGUGCAGAUAAUUCAGAUGAGACAUAUAUGCAAUGUGGUUCAAUCAUCUGUCCAAAUUUCUCUUUUCGUUGUGCUUAUGGUGCCUGUAUUGAUGGUGAUUUAAAAUGCAAUGGAGUUGAAAACUGUGCAGAUGGUUCCGAUGAAGAUCCUGUGAAAUGUAAAUAUACUACAGGAACAACUUCAACUCCUCCUCCUAUAAUACAGCGUCCAAUACCUCCUAUUAGUUCCAAAUUUUGUAUUGUACCACCAAAACCAGAAAAUGGUUAUUGGAAAUUACACAAAUCAUAUUGCUGUGAUGUGCAAGCUGGUCAAGUAUGUAAUGAUUGUGAUGUUGCACAAGGCACACGGUUAGAACCAGGACAAGAAUUAAUAUACAAAUGUAAUCCUGGUUAUAAAUUAAGUAAAGAUACUCGUCCAUUUUGUAGCUUGCAAGGUAAAUGGGUAAAUAUUCCAGAAUGUAAAGAAAUACGUUGUAAAGGAUUAGAAUCAGCUUCAACAGGUGUUAGUUGUAGACGCAAUGGUGGAUAUACUCCAUGUUCAAAUCCUGUUCCUGGAACAGAAGCAAUAUUAUUCUGUCGUAAUGGUUAUAAAGAACAGACAAACUUUGCAUCAUCACGAGUUACAUGUAAUAAAAAUGGUGAAUGGAGCCCCAAUCCAAUACAGUGCAUUCCAGCAUGUGGUGUUCUACCUGUACAGUAUACACCAACUAUUGUAAAUGGAGCUCCAGCUAAUAUUUCCGAAUUUCCGUGGCAUGCUACACUCUAUAGGGCGGAGAAUUCUUUUGCACCAAAAAGAUUUAUUUGUGGUGCAACUAUUAUUCAUGAAAGACUUCUAAUUACAGCAGCACAUUGUGUUUAUGAUGAAGUGGCUCAGAAACUGGACGAUGCUUCAAAAUUUUACAUAGUCACAGGCAAUAUUUUUCAAGAUUAUGAUUCUCCUUUACAUAAUAAUAUAACGGUGAAGAAGGCAAAGGUAAAACAUAUAUACUAUCAUUGUGAUAGAUACAGAGGACUUAGCGGAAAUUAUGAAAACGACAUAGCUAUAUUGGAAGUUACACCAUCACUUACAUUGUCAAACAGAUUAGUACCUGUAUGUUUAGAUUCGAAGGAUGAGAUUAAAUUAGAAAAUGGAAUGUAUGGAAAAGUUGCAGGAUUUGGGAAGACUGCUUCAGGAGAAUUUAGUGCAAUGUUACAACAAAUUACAGUGCCAUAUGUUUCUUACAGUAUGUGUAAACAUUCAAGUAUUGUUCCUGAAACAGGACAAGUACUUAUUACAAAUGAUAAGUUUUGUGCAGGUUAUGUAAAUGGGUCUUCAGUUUGUAAUGGUGACAGUGGAGGUGGAUUGAUUUUUAGCAGCAAUACAUUGUGGUAUUUAAAAGGUAUUGUUAGUGUUACUAUUAGUAAAACAACAGGAGGGUCUACAACAUGUAACAGUGAUACAUAUUCUUUGUAUACUCAAGUUUCCAAUCAUUUGUUAUGGAUUCAGGAUAUUAUUUUAUCGAUAGACCAACAAUCAUUACUACCUGUGUGUCCUACAUAAUGAAAUGCUCACCAUUGCUUAUACUCUACCUCUAAUGAAAUAUACUAAUGUAACUGAGA